AUGGACAAGAUCUCAAUCACCAUCUGCGGCGAUGGUGGAUGCGAGGAUUCCUACACCGUCACCCGCAAUGUCGAUGGUCACCCCUACGUCCUUUCCAUCACCGAUACCGCAGGCCAGGAGGAGUACCGUGGGCUAUGGAGUGCCUCGACCCUAAAUUCGGAUGCCUUCCUCCUGGUUUAUGAUAUCACGAACCCCUCGAGUCUUGAAACGCUAGAUCAUUUCAUGGACAUGAUCCAUAAGGAGACCGAACAACGCGUCGAGGACAAUCAGCGACUACUCCAGGAGUCGAAGAAGAAAACUGGAGUAGGUAUAGGUCAACUGGGCCUCCCGCCGCCAGUUAAAAUCGUUGCCGGCAACAAAUGCGAUCUCAAGGAUGAUCGCGUGGUGACAUCCCGCGACGGACUUGAGUAUGCACGCAAACACGGUUGCGGGUUUAUGGAGACCAGUGCUCGCCAGACGGUCAACAUUGAGGAGACUUUUGCACAUCUAGUCCGUCGCGUUGUCGAAGCUCGCCGUCUUCAAAGCCGAGACGGUGCGCUUUCUCCCCAGCACCCGAUCCCGUCGAAGUCGCGCGUGGGAGUUUAUCAACCGGAAGACAACGGAACCAACCGAAGGUCAGGAACGAAGUGA